AUGACCUACUGCGCAAACGAACGAAUAAACUGGAUCUUCAACCCUCCAGCGUCACCAUGGAUGGGAGGCGUAUGGGAAAGACUAGCAGGAUCAGUGAAAAAGGCUCUAAACAAGUCAAUAGGACGAAGGAAGUUAAACUUCCCUGAGAUGUGUACGGUGCUGACAAGAAUUGAAGCAAUUCCCAACACGAGACCGCUUACAAAAUGCGAUACUGAUGACAUCACAAAACUUCUGCUUCGCCCCAUUGAUUUCUUGCAAGGAAACAUCAAGUAUUCCAUCUCAAAUGGAAGUGCAUUGCACGAUCUAACAGAUCCAGUACAUAAUCCUACGCUUAUACAAACUGAAAAACAAGCGCUGGAAGCAAUCCGUUUUUCCAAAACGAUUGCAGAAAAAUUUUGA